GAAGGUCACUUGGCAGGGCUAAGUGGCUUGCUCAGAAUUGGCGGGAAAAAUAGUCGGCUCCCAUCAUGUUUGUGUGCAUAGUCUAAAUGUACAUGUACAGUACAUGCUUGCGUAUGCGUAUACAAAGUCGACGUCCCUGCGGGAUCUCCCCUACUGGCGAAAUGGAACAUUCUUUAGAUAUCUGCCGACACAGUUCUACGGGUUCAGAUUGAUGGAGCCCAUUUGUUGCAGCGACCCUGGAUCACGACCGGUAGUUGCACCCGGACCAUUUUGCACCGCAUUCCCCGCGCGAUGUUUGCCAGUGGAAUUUGUACAUGUAGCCUACACGUACUGUACUAAAACCACACGUUACGUGUCCAUUUCUAAACAUGGCUUCAACCAGUAGACAUCCCGAUAUUCCAGAAUCUCUUCCACCCACUUUGCAAGAUGAUAUUCGAGAUUCUGAUGUUGAAUCUCUGAUGUCGGAAGAAAGUGGCAGUGUGGUGGCCGAUAGCCAAACCUCUGAUGAAAUGUCUUGUUCAGAGGAAAGUGGCGAAGACGUUGACAGCAAUGGCAAUGAGGACGGCGAUGUUGCAUCCAUUCUGCCUCCCAAAAAAAGGCCGUUGCCCACCCCUCCAAAUGGGCGGCUUCAGAAAGAGAAGCCAUCACGUGCAGCGUACGUCUCGCCGUCGGGGGACACCUGGACGUCGGAUGCCCCAUCUACUUCAAGAAGACGAAAGGCAAAGGUCAUGAUGGAGGCAGCCGGGCCAAAAAAUCUUGAAGGCGCAAAGAGCAAGCUCCAGUUGUUUCAACUCUUCAUCACCACGGGUAUGAUGAAUGCCAUCCUCAUGCACACUAACGAGGAAGGUCUGAGACAGCGGGGACGGGCUUGGAGUGGCGACGUCGCCAUGAUGGAGCUGACUUCAGCCAUCGGUCUUCUGCUGUUCUUGGGGCUUACCAAGUCCGGCCGUGAGAAGGUCCGUUCCUUCUGGAGACAGGGACCUUUUGCGAGACCGCUCUGCAUGGCCACCAUGACGGGUACGAGGUUCCAGGACAUUCUCACCUUGAUGCGUUUUGACAGCAAGGCGACAGGCGAGGCGAGACGAAAGAACGAUAAGUUCGCCCCAAUUCGAAGCGUCUUCGAUGAAUUUGCCUCCUCCUGCCGUCGCUACUACAGCGCCGGUGAAUGUGUCACGGUUGACGAACAGUUGGUUGCCUUCAGAGGUCGAUGUCCCUUCAGGCAGUACAUGCCCAGAAAGCCGGCCAAGUACGGGAUCAAGUUUUGGGCUUGUGUGGACGUGGACAGCCAUUACGUGCUGAACAUCAUCCCCUACCUUGGGAAAGAAGCAGAGGGAACGAGGACCAACCUGGGUGCGAGUGUUGUCAAAGAACUAAUGCAGCCUAUGUACAACAUUGGGAGAAAUGUGACGACGGACAAUUAUUUCACAAGUGCCGCUCUUGCCAAGGACUUGCUCAAGAAAAACCUCACUUUGGUGGGAACAAUCAGGGGAAGUCGCCGAGAAGUUCCCAAGGAAGUUCGACGAGAGAAUGUGAAGACCAGGGCUGCCAAGUCGUCCCGUUUCCUUUUCAAUGAAGAUCUGACGCUCGUCUCUUUCAUCCCGAGAGAGAACCGGAGUGUGCUGCUCCUGUCAUCGAUGCAUCACGACAAGAAAAUCAACCCCGACACCCAGAAACCGGACAUUAUCCAUUUCUACAAUAAAACCAAAGGUGGGGUAGACACGGUCGACCAGAUGUGCAGCGUGUAUUCGUGCUUGCGGAAGACAAAAAGGUGGCCAAUGACUGUGUUCUACAACUUGUUGAACCUGGCGGCACUGAACGCCUAUGCAUUGUGGCGCCACCUCAAUCCGGCGUGGGCUAAACGCGAAAAUAGCCGCCACGACUUCCUGCACGGCCUCAUCAUGGAUCUGGUGAGGCCUCAGAUUGAGCUGCGAGCAGCCAAUCCCAGAGGACUCCAUGCCUCCACCACCAGUGCCAUGGCGAUCCUGAACUUCACGGUCCAAUACAACAGCAAACAACCCAAGCCUGACGGAGCUGAGCAAGCCAAGAUGGGCGACUGCCACGAGUGCCCUCCUCGUCGCCAAGGAGGCAGGCGAACCCCCAGGUCGUGCAAGACCUGCAACAGAUUUGUGUGCAAGGAACACUCGAUGAAAUUCUCCGCUGUGGCCUGCCGUUCUUGCCAUUACGGGGAGUUUUGAUCUGGUGUACCUAUAGAUGUAAUUACCGUUUCAAUGUUUGUUCAUCUGCCACAUUUAUGGGUGCAUACCUAUGUUCCCCGAUACCCAUGUUCCCCAAUCAUAACCCUAACCUUGAGGGUUUUGCGGAACAUUAGGUAUGCCUAUUGGGGAAUAUAGCUAUUGGGGAUAAUAGGUAUAAUUGGGGCACAUCUUGUUUACCCCACAUUUACCAAUUUCUGGUUUCCAUCAUAUCCACAGUUGUACGAUAAUUUUCCUUGGUUAUAUUCCUUGGCCGUUUUCCAUGGAAAUUCAAACCAUUGUUAUUAUUCACUUUCAGGUGUCUGUUUUGAUUUUGGUUUGUUUUUGUGCUGUUUGUUCAUAUGUUUGUUUAGACUUUAAUCUGUUAUUUAGAUUUACAUUAAGAUUUCCCUUCAAUAGUGUUUAGCAAACUUCAACUUCAAACAUAAUUGUUUACAUUUACUUGGGUGGUUUUUUUUUUAUCUCUAUUUGUUGUUCAGACAUUGCUGUAUUAUAGCUUUUUUUAGUUGUACAUUAAAAUUUUCUUUUGGUGUUUUUAAGCCAACUUUCAUUUGUUACAGGUAAAAAAAUCGGUAACUUUGUUUUCUUUCUUAACAUUGCAUAGACUUUACACUUAGACCUUUGGUUUUAUAUUUCCUGUUUCAUUGUUGCUUAAGUUUACAGAAUAUUGUUUUGAUACGAAAUAAUUAACCCAGAACUGCAAAAACAAACACCUUGUUUUCUUUCCUUUGCUUUUCUUUUAUCACUAUUUAAGUGUUACCUAAAUUACACCAAAUUAAUUAAACAAAACAAUGAAGCCUUGUAAAUAAUCCCAGAAAAUUCCUAGACAUGUAACAACACACUGAGACAAAAAAAGACAUAUUAUUUAAAUUGAUCAUUAUUUGUAUGGUAAGAAAGCCAGCAAUUUCUUACAGGGGUACAAAAUUUAUUAAUUUGUAUCACCAUUUUAAAACUAGGCUGUGGAAUCGCAUUUGUAAAAAAAAAUGAAUCAGAUAUUCUCAACACAAUUUGAAUGCAUACAAGCCUAACCAAAUAAGCUAACUAAAUGCCAUGAAUCCGGAAGCUUAUUCAAAUAAAUAUCCAUGGAAAUUCAA